CCGCGCCGGGGCUCGGGGCCGGGACCGAGCCAGCGCCUCUCCUGUCUUCUGCGGGGCACAGACGCCGGGCGCCUUGGCCUGGACUGCCCUCUGCCCCUACAACUCCCCAUCCUUUGCCUCGUCCCCUCCCCCCCCACCGGCAGCCCCCAUCCCCGGAUUUCAAGGCCUCCGCCCCCCUCCCGAGUCCUUUGCUCCCAGCACCCUUUCCUUAGGGCCGUCCGUUCCUCCCUGGAACUUGCUCGCCAGGUGCCUUCUCCCCGCAGCUCCCGGGCCUCGGAGCUAUCCACCACGUCGCACCGCCCUCCCGGGCACGCCUCGCAAGCUGUCUGCCCCGCACCCUUCCCGCGCCACCCCUCCCGGACGGCACCUCGCGUCCUCCGGGAGCUGCCACCCCGCUUCCGCGGGUCCUCGUGCCCGCGCCCCUCCCCGGCGCGCCCCCGCCGCCCCCGGCGCCAUGGCGUGCAGCCUCAAGGACGAGCUCCUCUGCUCCAUCUGCCUGAGCAUCUACCAGGACCCCGUGAGCCUGGGCUGCGAGCACUACUUCUGCCGCCGCUGCAUCACCGAGCACUGGGUGCGGCAGGAGGCGCAGGGCGCCCGCGACUGCCCCGAGUGCCGGCGCACCUUCUCCGAGCCCGCGCUGGCGCCCAGCCUCAAGCUGGCCAACAUCGUGGAGCGCUACAGCGCCUUCCCGCUGGACGCCAUCCUCAACGCGCGCCGCGCCGCGCGGCCCUGCCAGGCGCAUGACAAGGUCAAGCUCUUCUGCCUCACGGACCGCGCGCUGCUCUGCUUCUUCUGCGACGAGCCCGCGCUGCACGAGCAGCACCAGGUCACCGGCAUCGACGACGCCUUCGAGGAGCUGCAGAGGGAGCUGAAGGAGCAGCUUCAAGCCCUGCAGGACAGCGAGCGGGAGCACACGGAGGCUCUGCAGCUGCUCAAGCGACAGCUGGCCGAAACCAAGUCUUCCACCAAGAGCCUACGGACCACCAUCGGGGAGGCCUUCGAGCGGCUGCACCGGCUGCUGCGUGAGCGGCAGAAGGCCAUGCUGGAGGAGCUGGAGGCCGACACAGCACGCACGCUCACCGACAUCGAGCAGAAGGUGCAGCGCUACAGCCAGCAGCUGCGCAAGGUGCAGGAGGGCGCUCAGAUCCUGCAGGAGCGGCUGGCUGAAACCGACCGUCACACCUUCCUGGCCGGCAUGGCCUCGCUGUCCGAGCGGCUCAAAGGGAAAACCCAUGAGACCAACCUGACGUAUGAAGACUUCCCGACCUCCAAGUACACAGGCCCCCUGCAGUACACCAUCUGGAAGUCCCUGUUCCAGGACAUCCACCCAGUGCCAGCCGCCCUGACGCUGGACCCAGGCACUGCCCACCAGCGCCUGAUCCUGUCUGAUGACUGCACCAUCGUGGCCUAUGGCAACCUGCACCCACAGCCGCUGCAGGACUCACCCAAGCGCUUUGACGUGGAGGUGUCGGUGUUGGGCUCGGAGGCUUUCAGUGGAGGCGUCCACUACUGGGAGGUGGUGGUGGCCGAGAAGACGCAAUGGGUGAUCGGCCUGGCCCAUGAGGCAGCCAGCCGCAAAGGCAGCAUCCAGAUCCAGCCCAGCCGCGGCUUCUACUGCAUCGUCAUGCAUGAUGGCAACCAGUACAGCGCCUGCACAGAGCCUUGGACGCGGCUCAAUGUCCGGGACAAGCUCGACAAGGUGGGCGUCUUCCUGGACUACGACCAGGGCCUGCUUAUCUUCUACAAUGCCGAUGACAUGUCCUGGCUCUAUACCUUCCGUGAGAAGUUCCCUGGCAAGCUCUGUUCCUACUUCAGCCCUGGCCAGAGCCAUGCCAAUGGCAAGAACGUGCAGCCCUUGCGGAUCAACACUGUCCGUAUCUAGUCCUGGCUGGCAGGGUUGGGAGGGGCGUGGCCCCAGCCUCCUGGGACCCUACCACCAUCACCAGCAAGAGCCCUGCUCUGGAGCUGGGAGGUCUGGAUUCCAGCCCCUCAUUGCCCUACUGGGAAGCCAGAGGCUGUGCUCCACGAACUCUCCAACUCUCCCAACAUUGCUGUUCUGUAGCCCUGACCCUGAUGGAGAUGCAGCUUCAGUCCGAGCACGUGAUGUGGCUUCUAGGGGCAGCCCCUGCCCGGCUCUCCUUCACGUCCCGUUACGGGACAGGGGCCUCACUUCCUCCCGUGUCUCCCUGCUCCCCAGCUGCCAUGACCUGAGAAUCCACCUGAUGUGGACAGAGGUCAGCAACUUGGAAGACACACGAAUUCCUCUCAUG